AUAAACAGUGUUGCGCAAAGUAAAACUUAUCGAUAUGAGCGUGACUAAAUGAGACGCUCACCACUACAUGCAGCCCAAAAAAAAAAAAACAACAACGUUUUACUCAUUAAGCAAUCCAUAUGCUGCGGAGGAGUGCGGGGCUAAGGGCUUUAAUCAACAGAACAGUCCAAAAACGUCCGGAAACGUGAAGUUUGAGAAAGUGAAAACGGGGCUGUGCUGUGUGUGUGGAAAACGGAACAAAACGGUGCCAAAAACGCAAGGAAAAGCUGCGAAGGCGGUGCACAGCAUACGGGUUGAUAAAGCAGCAGGUUUGGACAUACGCGGCAGAAAAGAAUAUAGCCAAAUAGUCUGUGCUUUUAACCGAUUUGCUAGGGAAACAAUAACCAACAUCCAGUAACCCACCCACACAAACAUAUUGUGUACAUAAUAUAUACAUACAUAUUUGCGUACAUUUUGCGUAGUGCGGCGCUUGAAAAGCUAUUUCCCAUCACCAUAUCAUCACCGCCAUUCAUUGCAAACUCACUUCGAAAUCCACCCCACCUCCACACCGUACCACAUGUCCUACAUGAUGGCCAAAACGCUGGAGGAGCAGAGCCUGCGGGAGUGCGAACACUA